AUGGCCAAAGCCUUUCCAUUCUUCAACUUGAUGAAUAAAGGAAUAGUUUUUGAGUGGACCCCAGUGUGCGAGGAGGCUUUUAACCACUUCAAGAGUAUACUCUCGGCACCCCCAGUCCUCGGCAAACCCAGGGAGGGUGAGAUGCUGUUCCUGUACUUGCCAGUAACGGACAAAGCUUUGGCGGCCGUCUUGGUACGAGAAGAAGGAAAAAUCCAACAGCCGGUCUACUUUGUUAGCAAAGCCUUGCAAGGGACAAAGUUAAGAUACAGUAAAUUGGAAAAGUUGGCAUAUGCGCUCUUCACCUCGUCUCGAAGGUUGUGGCAAUACUUCCAGGGACACCAGUUUGAGUUCCCGGUCUCUAACAAUCAAGCAGAGUAUGAAGCCCUCAUUGGUGGCCUGCUCUUAGUAAAAGACGUCGGGGUGACCAGAGUGGAGGUGAACAACGAUUCCCAAGUUGUCACAUCCCAAAUCAAUGAGACAUAUCAAGCCAUGGACUCCCUGCUGCAAAAAUAUCUGGAAAGGGUAAAAAAUUUGAAUGAAGAAUUUGAUGAGGUCAUGGUACAGCAUGUCCUAAGAGAAAAGAAUACCCAAGCCGACCUCCUAUCGAAAUUGGCUAGCACGAAGUCAAGAACGGGAAACCGGUCUUUGAUCCAAGGAUUGGUAAAAGAGCCGACAGUCGCCCUAUGUGUGACCCGAGCAGACAUCGUUCCCUCAUGGAUCGACGUAAUUACCGAGUUUUUGGAAAAUGGCAAGCUCCCUGACGAUCACAAGACGGCGAAGGCGUUAAGGAGGGAGGCAGCCAAGUACGUAAUAGUACAGGACCAACUAUUCAAGAGAGGACUGAACCAACCCCUGUUCAAAUGUCUACGCCCCGACCAAACGGACUAUGUCUUAAGAGAUGUCCAUGAGGGGUGCUGCGGCCACCACAUCGGGGGAAAAGCUUUGGCACGGAAGCUUGUUAGGGCCGGUUACUAUUCGCCCUCGAUGAUGUGGGGAGUUGACUUCUUCGAGCCCUUCUCGGUGGGACCCGGACAGGUUAAAUACCUUAUCGUGGCCAUAGACUUCUACAUCAAGUGGGUCGAGGCAGAAGCCCUGGCCAGCAUAUCGUCAGCAAAUUGCCGAAAAUUCAUGUGGCUUCAAGUGAUCUCCCGGUUCGGUAUCCCGAAGGUCGUAAUAUCGGACAAUGGGAUACAGUUUAUAGACAAGAAGUUUGGUGAGUUUCUUACCGGCCUAGGGAUAAAGCAAAAGUUCUCAUCAGUGGAGCACCCGCAGACCAAUGACCAGGACAACAUCACAAUCUUCCACAAGGAGACUCCUUUCCAACUUACUUACGGGGUAGAUGCGGUGAUCCCUGUGGAAGUAGGAGAACCAAGUCUAAGACUGCUCCUUGACGGAGUCGAGGAAGCAGUGGAGAAGGACUUGGUUGAUGAGACCAGGGAGAUGGCCCACUUGUCAAAGACGGUGUUAAAGUAG